AUGAUAAUACUCUUAACGUACCUGUGCGUGAUAGGUAACGCAAUUUUGCUAAUAAGGGCCAAUUCGAUAGCGGACCCUUGGCCUGAAGUGCAAAAUCUAUUAUGUAGUAUAACCAAGUCCAGAGAUCCGAUGAAAGAGGCUGCAUUGGAACCCAAUGCAGAUGAGUUUGUUGGGUUCUAUGUGCCAAUGGAUUACUCCCCACGUAAUGAGGAAAAAAACUAUCAGCAUAUAUGGCGAAACGAAAUUACAGAUUCCCAACGUUAUAUUUACGAAUUACUUGUAGAGUCCAGCGAACAAUUCAAUAACUCAGAAGCUACAUAUACUCUUAGUCAAAUUCAUCUGUGGAAUCAAUAUGAUUUUCCGCAAAAUAUAACUUUGGCAUUCAAAUACCUGGAAAAAUUUAAUGAUUUGACUCAUUUCACCAAUCACUCAGCCAUUUUCGACCUGGCUGUAAUGUAUGCAACGGGAGGAAGUGCAUCUGGUAAUGGCCAGACCGUGAUUCCUCAAGAUUCUGCUAAGGCAUUGCUAUAUUACCAAAGGGCUGCCCAAUUAGGGAAUUUAAAAGCUAAACAAGUGUUAGCUUAUAAAUAUUAUUCCGGCUUUAACGUUCCCAGAAAUUUCCAUAAAUCCUUGAUUUUAUACAGAGACAUUGCUGAAGAGCUGAGAAAAUCGUAUUCCAGAGACGAAUGGGACAUUGUAUUUCCCACGUGGGAAAGUUAUAACGUGAGAAUAUCAGAUUUCGAAAGUGGAUUAUUAGGAAAAGGUUUGAAUUCUGUUCAGUCCUCUACGAUAAGAAAAAGAACUACAAGACCGGAUAUUGGUUCACCGUUUAUUGCACAAGUUAAUGGUGUACAAUUGACAUUUCAAUUCGAACCGAUGGGCAGGUUCACUUUCAACGAUAACGAUGGUCAAAUUAGUAGUGACGAAGAUGACGACGAUGCCAGUGAAAGAAGAAUCAUUAGGAUAUAUUAUGCAGCUUUGAAUGAUUACAAAGGGACUUAUUCGCAAAGCAGGAAUUGCGAGCGCGCUAAAAACUUGUUGGAAUUAACUUAUAAGGAAUUUCAACCUCAUGUGGAAAACCUAGACUCUUUGCAAAUUUUCUAUUACAUCCGUUGCUUACAGUUAUUGGGGCACAUGUACUUCACUGGUGAAGGUUCCUCGAAGCCUAAUAUACCUAUGGCUGAAGAGAUUUUGGCCACAUCGUUAGAAAUAAGCAAAAAGGUCAAUGGACCUAUUGGUAGAGCAUGCAUAGAUCUAGGCUUAAUAAAUCAAUACAUCACUGGAAAUGUAUCGAAAGCAAUUUCGUAUUACAUGAAAGCUAUGAAAACACACACCAACAAUGGGAUUGUGGAAUUCCAACUAUCUAAAUUGGCCACUUUAUAUCCUGAUAAAAAAAUCGGAGACCCAUUCAACUUAAUGGAAAAUGCAUACCUGAACGGGUUUAUUCCAGCUAUAUAUGAAUUUGCAGUAAUGGUUGAAUCUGGAAUGAACAGUAAAAGCAGCGUAGAAAACACUGCUUAUUUGUUUAAGACAUUUGUUGAUGAAAACGAAGCUAUCAUGGCACCUGAAUUGAGGACAGCAUUUGCUGAAUUGAUUAACGAUCAUUCAGAAGUGGCUUUAUGGGCAUAUUCCCAGCUUGCUGAGCAGGGCUAUGAAACUGCACAAGUCUCUGCCGCCUACUUAAUGUAUCAGUUGCCAUAUGAGUUGGAGGAUCCUCCAAGAACUACGGAUCCGAGAAAAACUUUGGCAAUUUCCUACUAUACAAGAGCUUUCAAACAGGGAAAUACAGAUGCCGGUGUUGUUGCUGGAGAUAUCUAUUUCCAGAUGCAGAAUUACAGCAAGGCUAUAGCUCUUUAUCAGGGUGCCGCCCUGAAAUAUUCCGUACAAGCAAUCUGGAACCUAGGAUAUAUGCAUGAACAUGGGCUAGGCGUAAACAGAGAUUUCCAUCUUGCCAAACGUUAUUACGAUCAGGUGUUGGAACACGAUCAUAAAUUUUAUUUAGCUUCCAAAUUGAGUGUGUUCAAAUUACAUCUCAAGUCGUGGUUGACUUGGAUCACUAGGGGAAAAGUAAACUAUUGGGAACCCACCAUACCUUUCAAUAACGAAGAUAUUCAACACUCAAAGACGUCAUGGUACAAGCAAUUGACUAACAUCUUACAAAGAAUGAGGCACAAAGAGGAUAGUGUAAGGGCUGCAGAGGAUUCUCAUAAACAUAGAUCUGCUGCACAAAAUGGUGUUACUGAUAGAAAUGAGAAUGAAGUGGAAGUUUCCGAAAUAUUGGGCUUCCAAAUGGAGGAUCUAAUCACCAUGGGAUGCAUCUUAGGGAUAUUCCUACUAAGCAUACUGAUGAGUACUUUGGCAGCCCGUAGAGGCUGGAAUGUUCGCUUCAAUGGUGCUCAGUUGAACGCAAAUGGAAAUCAGCAGCAGCAGCAGCAAGCUCAAGGUCCUCCUGGCUGGGACUUCAACGUGCAGGUAUUCGCCAUAUGA